ACUCGCCCGAGUUGACAGGCCGUCGUCAUCUCUCCGCUUUUGACCCCGGAUUUAUUCAUUAUCAUCAUCAAUCAUCCAAUUCAAAAGAACCUAUUUAUCUCUGUACUUACAAUACCACCACCACAACACCACUUAAACCAAGGGCAGAAGAAGUGAUCAAGGAAUUUGGAAAAAGAAAGAAAAGCAAAAAUGUCUCAGACUUUCACGCCUGCCGACGUCGCUUCCCACAACAACGCCGACAAAGGCCUUUAUAUCAUCAUCGACAAGAAUGUGUACGAUGUGACCAAGUUCGUGGAUGAGCACCCCGGGGGUGCGAAAAUCUUGAAGCGUGUCGCGGGUAAAGAUGCUAGCAAGCAAUUUUGGAAGUAUCACAAUGAGGGUGUGUUGAAGAAGUAUACGCCAAAGCUGAAGAUUGGGGAAGUGAAAGAGGCUGCAAAGCUGUGAUCGAGAAUGUUUGAAUGUGUUGUUUUAUAGAAGGGGAAGUAUGUUUUUCUCUUAACUUUUUUCUGCAUGGUCCGGUCAUCUAUUCCGGCGUGAUUAUGCUGCAAGCACUACGUUGCACAAUACUACCUUGUCAUGUACGCAUUCGCGGAGUGUUGAUUAUCCUAGAAUAAAUAUCAAUGAUUUUCAGAUGAUUCUAA